AUGCUUUCUCUUCCACCUGAAGUUCAAUUUGACAUUUUAAAAUGUUUUAAUUUCCAACAAUUAUUCUCGCUUAAACAAACCAAUUUUUAUUUUCGAAAUUUAAUUAAUAAAUACGAGGGAGGAUUGGCUCGAAAGGAAUUCUAUGAACUCUCAUUGAUUGCUGCCAGACAUAUCGAUAUUGACGAAAUUGAGUCUUAUGUAUUUAUUAAACCUGAACCUGUAGUUUUUGGAUUUGUUUUGACUAAAAAACUUUUGGAGAAGUGGCAAGCAGCAAUAGCUAAAUCUAUUCCUUUGUUUUCACAUGUUAGAGAUGAUAUUAAAGACUUUGCUGUUCGAAUAUACAAAACAGGUCAUAAGAUAAGAUGGAAUAACAUUUAA